UGUUUCAAGGAAGCCACUCUGGGAAUCAGUAAGGACAAAUAUCCUACACUGGGACAGUCAGUUCCAAUUUACAAUUAUUUGAUAGAUAAUAUUGAGGACUUUAUUGAUAAAACAAAUAGACAGCCAAAUGUAGUAGAUGCAGCAAAGAAAGCUCAAGAAAAAUUACAAAAAUAUCAUCCUAUGUCUGAUGGUCUUGUUUAUGUCAUAGCAACCAUCAUUGAUCCUCAUCCUAAAAUAGUGUAUUAUAUUGAUAAUGAAUUUGGAAAUAAUUAUAUUGAAAUCUACAAAAAUCAAAUAAAAAAAUUAUGGGAAAGUUAUAUUCCAAAUAAACAACAUGAAGAAGUUCAAAAUGAUAAAAAACCAAGUGUGCUUGCCGCACAUAUGCAAAAAAAUCAUAAACAUUCUCAUGAUGAUGAAUUGAAGGUUUUUUUAAAUAGUUCAACAAUAAAUUUUGAUUCAGAUGUAUUGGAUUUUUGGAAGUUACAUGAAGUUGAAUACCCACACCUUUCUAAUAUGGCAAGAGAUUUCUUGGCUAUCCCUG